AUGAUUUCUAAGACUUUCUUUCUUCCUAAUUUCUUUGUUUCUUUACACUUUCUGACGUGGUUUCUAAUUUUAUCCUUAUUUCUUCCUAAUUUCUCUGUCGAUUUACUCUUUCUUACAUGGUUUCUAAGGGCUUCUUUUUUUUCCUUCCUAAUAUCUCUAUCGCUUUACCCUUUCAUACAUGGUUUCAAAGACUUUCUUCCUAAUUUCUCUAUAUUCUUACACUUUCUUACAUGUUUGCCAGGCUUUCUUUCUUUCUUCCUAAUUUCUCUGUCACUUUACCUUUUCUUACAUAGUUAUCUCUUUCAUUCUAUCUCUCUCUUUCAUUCUCUCUUUACACCCUCAUCUCUUUUUCUUUCUUCCUAUUUUCACUCUCCUAUCAUUUGCUUCGAAUUUCUCUUUCCCUUCAUUCACUCGCUUUAUUUUUCGACUUUUUCCUUCCUACAUUUAAUCUCUCUUUACUUUUUCUUUCAUGGUUUGAGCGUUUCCCGCAUCAUACUUUCUUUCUCUCUCAUCUCAUUCUCUUUAAUUUCUUUCAUUCUUUAUUUUCUAAUUUUCUUUGUUUACUUCAACUCUCUUUCUUCUACCUUUCACACUCUCUCUCUAUUAUUUAUCAUCUCAUUCUUUCUCCUCUUUUUUUCUUCCAUUCUUUUAUCUAACUCCCUCACAUUUUUCUUUCUCGAUUUUUCUUUUUUUUUUAUCUGUCUCCUUCAAAUUUCUUUUAAUUCACCUUUUCAUAUUUCUCACUUGUUAACUCGUUUCUUCGCGUUUUCUUUCUUUCUUUCUUUCUUUCUUUCUUUCUUUCUUUCUUUCUUUCUUUCUUUUAUCUAA